AUGAUAGAAUGGGCUACUGCACCAUUCGAUGCGGUUUACAACUCAAUCGAGCUAGACUCUUUCAAGUACUCGGACUACGAAAGGAUACUACCCGACUUGAAGACUCUGAACGUCCUCAAUGGGAAAACAAAGAACAGUGCCAGCAGAAGUCAAUUGGAGAAGGGUGAAAUCAAGCUUUCUUCAGGCGAUUCUUACAGAGUUAACAGAGAAUUCAUAAUAGCUGCGAUAAUACUGUCGGACGAACUGAAUCUCGACGAGGUGGUAACAGCGGAACUCAUGUUGCAGAAUUGUGAUGUCGAGUCCGAAGACGAAAACUCGGAGGUCUCUUUGGUGAACGAUGCCAAAGUGGCCUACUACAUGAGGCGGCAAUAUAUCUUGCAAAUUGUUUCUUUCAUCACGAACUGCUGCUCUUCAACGGAUAAAGUUUACAUCGACCUUGUAUCAGAUGGCGAAUUGGUCAAAAACAUCAUUUCUGCGUUUGGGCAGAUCGAGAAUCAGUUAGAGGAAAUCAAGCAGCUAGUUUACAAAACUAGAAUAUUAGAGAAUUACGAUGCCUUCGCUAAACACAACGUGCGCUUCAGACGAGAUUUUCUUUUAACAGAAUAUGACACACUGAGCCAAGUGCUUUACGGCCUUGUUAAAAACGGAGCUUUAAUGACAAAGGACAGGUUACUAGAGCUGGUGGACCGGGUCUCUGCUAUGGAUUCCAGCGAUUUUUUCAUCAUUUACUUCCUUCCCGCAAUUUUGCAUGCUUUCUCUCAGUUGCAUCUGCUUCCCGAUAAUGACGUACGGGAUAUUCACAAGCAGUUCGUUGCAGAUCUUCACCGUGAAACUAUUUACACCCAGCCAGUUAAAGUUUCGCUCAUUUUCGCGUUUUUAGCAUUCUUUAUAGGCUGGUGCAAGGCCUCGCCAGCUACCAGAGCCACUUCAUUUGACUUUGCUACGGCCGUAGAUGAACCUAUGACCAUGGCAGUUGAUCUGGGAGCCAUCGAACAGCUUAUGGCGUUUGCCGCCGACACUUCAGAGCUGGAAAAGGAUGGCAGCAUAGAACUUUUCUACGACAUCAGAUCACUAUUGGAAAGGCACAUACCAAGGCUACGGCCGGGGCAGCUGAUUGACAGCGAUCAGCUAUCAUCUGAAAAAAGUUCAAGAGAGACGGUAUUUGAAUAUGUUACUUUAUCUCAACAAGCCCAGUCGUUUUUCCUUUUUGCAUUCAACCAAUUGUUGCAGGUGGUAAUAACAGAUUGCGCCUACCUCUUGACCAAAAUGAAAGACGCCGAAGAAGAUUCUCUCCUUUCUGGCGAAGACUUGUUUCUAGAUGAAAUUUCUGCAAAGGCUGACCUGGAAAGAUUCUUUCUGACAAUUCAUUACUUUUACGCAUUCAGACAGGAUUACUGCGCUAUUUUCUGGCAAGACAAAGAAUCCAACGCUUAUGGCUUCAUAGAAUGGGCUAUGAAGUGUAGUGACACUUUAAUGCGCUCAUGCGUUUUUCUUAUGCUAUCCAGUCUUUCGUUUGGCCCUACGAACUCGCUCAAUGUCUACCAUUAUGUUAAUAUUAAUCCUAACUUUUCGUGGAGCAAUAUUGCGCAAAUCAUAAGUGAUUAUAUUUUCAAGAUUUCGGAGCUAGAGAGGAAACUGCAAGAUAGCCAGCAGAAGGAAAAAGGUGAACAAGAGACUGCAGCAAUUGCUCUGACAAAUGGACUCAACGAAGAAGCCAUAAUUCUUUUGUCAUCUUUGUACACAUUGAUUGGAUGCGUUUCUCAUGAUUUGGAAGAAGAUACCAAAUCACAAUUUUCUGCAUUGUUCACAGACAUUCUAUUCGAAUUUGUUAAAGUCAAUACACCUCUGGUGGGUGCAGCUCUCAAGGUUUUGAGCAAUCUUGUCCCGCAGAAUGAAAACGAAAGAAGUGGAUUCUGGUCCUAUAUUGACUCCUGGAUCUUCAAAGGCUUCAAACUAACAAUCGCUCAAAGUUCAUACCAAGAAGCUUUUGAAAGCGUUUUAACGUGUUUUUCAGAUGUAACUGGUUUCCUACAAUUAGUUCAAAAGCUCCUAAAAGUAUGCACGAAGGGCGUCGAUGGCUAUCUUGAGUUUGGACUUCUUCCUUUCCCCACCAAACUAGGCCACGGCUAUAGGAAUACAGGGGUUUGGCCUUACUUCGAUUAUAUUUUCCACAAAGUUUUAGUUCAGUCUUGUCAGUUGAAAGAUCUGAAAGAAAGAGCUGCCAUACAAGUUCCAAUUCUCCAGAUCAUAGACAAUGCACUACGCUCCUUUGAGUAUAGUGUUAUCUUAAAUUCGAUACCUGCUGGAUCCAACUUGAAUGAUCUGGUAGUCACUGAUGACUUUUUUGCCUAUGUCCAGGAGUCUCCCGCCACAGCCGUGAUCAACUAUCUUUUUGAAGGUGAUAUCUUUAAGGUAGUACUUGAUAACGCCUCUUUAGGUGUUGAUGACUUAAGCUGCACAGCGCAUGGUGCCAAUGAAUCGCAAAAGCUACUGCGUCUUGCAGUAGGCAUAAUCAUCGAAGCCUUGAAUAAUCAAGAGACCUACGUUGAAGAGUUAUGUCCAAUUGUCAAAAAGAACUCCAAAGAGGGUUAUUUUCUCCCCAAAGAUUUUGGACUGCACGGAUUGAAAUCACUUUAUGAUGCCAUUUUCUUUGAUCUGCCUAUAAUCGCACAUUUUGGUCUUUAUGUUGGACUUGAAGAUUACUCGAUAGCAUCUCAAUCAUUGCAAAUUUUAGAGAAGCUAUCAUCGGAAAUGAAAGGAAGAGAUAAUCAAGCAAUAGUCAAAGACAAACUUUUGAGCCUUUUUGAUUCGGUUGACGAGUCUGCCCGAGUAAAGGAAGCAUUCAUCUAUCAACUGAGAGCACCAAUUAUCAACGAGAAAAGUCUAGAAUUGAAGCUUAACAUUCUGAAGUUCCUGUCGCACAAUCUUUCUUACACAGAUAAACAACCUUCGGUCGCACAUUUUUUGUUGGGAUUCUUUGUUGGGAGCACGGUCUCGUUGGGCCCAGAACUCGGAACCUUUAUAAUGGCUGGGAACUCUGUUUUGGAUUCAGUUAUUUAUCUUUUACACUCCUCGUUGGAAGUAAUGACAUCAGAGAACAUAGAUCAUGCUCCUACACAGAUAGCUUCCUUUUCGAUGGAGAUUUUACUCAAGUUGUGCCGCAAUGCACUCACAUCUACAUCGAUGCUUAGACAUCUUAGCGACCUGGAUCUGUUUGAGAAGCAACUAGCAUUAGACCCCAAGGUAGGUGCCAGUACUAAAUGGUCCGGGGAGCGCUUUUGUCAGACUACUAAUAAGCAUCUGCUCGGGUUUACCAAACAAAGUUCUUGUGGAGCAUUCUUGUCAUUUCUGAGGUACAGAGGAUAUUUUUUGCAAUAUCUAAGCUUGGACAUCCACAGAUUGAGCGGACAGGUACUCAGGGCGAAAAUUAGCUCAAGAAUUGAUUUACUCAUUUCCAACGUUAUGCAGCCGCCGCGCAUGUUUUCCUUCCUAGACGUUUUGAAUUUCGAUGUAAGGCCUCCAUCUAGCGAAAAUCUGAAAAGUUUAACAUUAUGUGCUGGUUUGGACUUGACUGAGUUAAAAGUUGAAGAAGGACUAGCGAAUAGCGAAGCUGUUUUUGACAUUUAUCAAUUGAACUCUUUGAUUCAAUUAAGAACUCAAUCAUUGAGUAAGUGUCUUCCUAUUGCGCUGCCCGACUCGACAAUAUCAGAUAUAAAGGCAUUACUAAAAACUACUCAGAGCGAAGCCACACGAAUUAAAGAAUCCUUGACAAACAUACAUGCUUUCAAUCAGUUCAAAUCCUCUCAGUUGUCAGUUCUUCAUUCUUGGGUUCAAUUGAUCCAAAUAGUUGUGUUAGAUGGCCGAUUAGCACAGGAGGCUCGCUCUAACUUUAUCCUCGAAUUAUUUGAAGCCAUCGUACCGAAAAUCAACGACUAUGUUGAACUCGACGUCGCGUAUUCUGAAGAAGUGGUGUCGCUGUGUGUUUUCCUUUACGAUAUAUAUCACAAGGAUCACCAUCUGCACACGAAAGAGAAAUCUGUUGAUGGCAGACUACUAGCACUUUUUAUGGCUUGUAUUAACGGAAUCAGGUCUCCGUUAUCAACGCUCUCCCUGAGAUCAGACUUUUACGUCCUGGCUAAUCGUUUCCUUUUAAGCGUACUGAAAGACCACAAUGCAGCUAAACAGGUCUUCCAAACUCUGAAAAUGACAAGCGAAAGGUUGGUAGAGGUGAUCUGCAAUGACGCUAUUUCGGGCGAGGGAUCCUCCAGAAUUACGGGAAUAAUUCUCUUGGACUCACUGGUACAGAUUUCUGGGUUGAACAAAGUAAAUUUCAUUCUGGAAAGCUUGGUUAAGACGAAUAUGCUUCUACUGAUUGGACACUCUAUGAAAGCUACUGAUGACUUUUUAAAAUCAGGGCUGGAGGGCAUGACUUUGGACAGCCUACUAUACGAACUCACGGCAUUCAAGUCGACAGUGCAUUUCCUUAUUCGCGUGGCCGAGACUCGAGCAGGUGCGCAGGCAUUGGUUGAAAACGAGAUUUUUCAUGUUAUCGAAUCUUGCGGCUUUUUGCAACUGGAUCCUGAUCUUGGGCUAGAUCUCACAUUCAGCGAGGUUAAUGUUCAUCAUGCAGAGCCUCUUCACGUAAGCCUAAGUCUCGAUAAUUCCUUAUCUCUAAGCAAAGAUGCUUGUGGACUUUCACUCUUCGAAAUAAUUGUGCCUGUCUUCCAAUUAAUGGCGUCUAUCAUUCUGAGUAUGGGAAGCGCAAACAAACCUGUGGUCAAAAAGACUCGUUCUUUAUUGGCUCACUUCCGAGGAUUGGUCCAGGGUGUUCUGAAACGAGAUGCUUUGGUCGAGGACAGCGAAGCGGUACGAUCAGAAGACGCCAAUAUCGAUGGUUUGCAGCAACUUGUCAAACUUGUGGUAUUGCUUUGUACAUUAACAGGUUACAGUGGGGGACCUUAG